GAUAUUGAUUUAUUAAUUUCCACUGAGGCUUGAGCAAUUUACACUGCAUUCAUUGGCUAUAAUAUUUAUAUUGUAAGAAAGUCUUAGAUAAACCUACUUUUUUCACUUAGAUCUGGAAGUGUUUUGCUUGCUAAUUUCCAGCGGCAGACGGUUGACUUUGUGGAGGGGACAGUUGCAAAUUAUGCUGGGUAGGUGAAACAGCAGUGAAGUAAAAUGUACAAUUUUUGUUCUGGAAUGCUCUUUUUGUUUUAUUUUAUUAUACGUUAAUUUUUUCCUUAACAUCUUAAGCAUGUAGCAUGUAAUCUACAUCACAUUACUGCUAAGGGGAGUUCUCAGGAUUGCACAGAGGUACCAAAAUUGGAAUGAAAAUAUGGCUUUACAGUGCAACUACUGUAGCCGCAGCCACAUAGGCAAAGUUAACCAAUCGGAUUACAGGAAGAUAACAAUCCAUUUCAGGAAAGGUGGUUGUGGGCCAAUCAGCAGUUCUCAAAAAAAAAAAAAAUUCCUUGAAGCAGAGAGAUAAAAUACACUUUUAAAUUAUUGAUAGCAAACAUUUGUCAAGAAAGCAAAAUGUUUCACUAGACGAUGUUUUUCUAUUCGAAACGUUACAUAUAAUACCCACGAGACAUAUUUUUUUGACACAAGGUGUUACUUGGUCAUCUCCCAGCAAUUUCAUCGCUACCAAAGAGUGUAACUAGUGUUUAACCUUGUCACAAGCACUUCAAGAGAUUUUGCAGCCUCUAGCAGUUCACCCCUAGUGUUGAUAAUAGUAAGCCCUAAUGUUGGACGAAAUGGGACUACAUGUAUUAUGUGCUUUUUAAAAUUGAUGUGCACAAGGCAACAUCCUUAUUUUUACGUGUACCUGUUAAUGUGCGUUGUAUUUUAGAACAGGUGUGCGAGUAUCGUUUAUUAUAUUCUCAGAAGGCCGAGGGACGAAACUUGUAUUGCCACUGACAGGUGACAGGUGUGUGUCAAAUUUUCAUGUAUUUUAUUUUAAUUUUUCAGGAGUAUAAGUUAUGACUUAUUACAUUCCAGGUUGCAAAGAAAAUCAUUUUUAGAGCUUUUCCAUUCAGUUGGGCAAUCUGUACAGUGCAGCUGGCAUGUUCUAUCCCAAAAGUCAUUUCAACUAGCCCCCCAAGAAACUUCUGUGGGGUUACAGUUCUUCUGAAAUUUUAAUUACUGAAUUAACUCUUUACUUGGCCGUCUUGUUGAAAUUAAGAGCAAAAUUUACUAGCCUGAUAGAAGGGUAAUCACAGCGAUAUUAAAAACUAUAGGUCUACCUGCUACUACAGUUCUUGCCACCAUUGACAAAGUUUUUAAACAUCUGCUUAGCCACCAACUAAUGCAUUUCAUGGAUCCUUUUUUGGGCAUUAUAAUGUAGCAGCUAAAGUGAGCAGAACAGUUGCGGGAAUAAUGCUCUGAUCAAGCUUAUGGAGGACUGGAAAGGAGCUACAUCUAUUGAUAGUAAUAAGUCAUUGGGAUCUUAUCAACAAAUCCAUCCAAGGCUUCUGACUCGAUCGCUUCAUCCACCUUUACUAUUGGCAAAUGGAUUUGAAGAUUUUGCAAUAUUGGUCUCAUGAGGUCAUAUUUCUUUGAUAAACGGAAUAUAGUCAGGACAGGAACAGAUACAUUGUACCAUGAGUGAUUGGAGUUCAAAACUGUAACGGGGUGGCCUCAUGGUCAAACUCUGGUCCAUUAAUGUGGAACAUUAAUUUUCCAAAACAACCUUAUCAUAUGUAUAACAUACAAACUUAUAAGUGCAGUGUAAUGAUGUUUGGGAUGAUCAACAAGCUUAUACCUUCGAGAAAAGAAUUGAAGACAUUGAGAGAAACCACUGGUAGCCCCAGGCUAUCGAACACUAAUUUCUUUGCAUGCUAACCAGAGGAGGAUCGAAUAGUAUCCCAUGAUGCAUUUUUCCUGAAGCAUCACGCAAUAUCGCAGUCAUAGCAGAUUCCAUCUUGAAAUAAGGUCGUUUUCUCGUCGGCUUUUUUCUCACUCGAUUUCCAGUAAAAGUAAAAAAAUUACAUUAUUUCGUUAUUUGACAUGAUUUCUCCGAUUUGUAAUGGCUUAAGAGCGAAGUUUCCACUUAGAAACAUUUAUUUUCACGGUUUCAAUUAGUCUUCCCAUCACAAAGUGUUCAGUGACCCACAACCAGGUCAUGAAUAUUCAAGGUUUUUUGGAAUAUAUGUUGAAAUCUUACAAAUGUGGACCUCACGCCAGCAAAAUGAAGUCCUGAAUAUUGUACAGGCCAAGAAGUACCCAGAAGUACCCACAUUUUGAAGACUUUUUUGUCGACCAAAGAUGGCUGAAAUUUCGAAUCUUUUAUCACAUUUCAACGCCAUGUGUCAUAAUAUAUGUGUAAAGCCUGAUGAAGGCUACAAUCUGUUGGGCGCUUUUGAGAGCGCUUUAUGCCGAAGCAAUCACUUUGUAUUUUCAAAGAGGUUAUUUUUAAAAGGAAUUUGACUAUAAUUAUUGUAAUUCGAAGAAGGAGUGGUGUAUA